CUGCCGCGCCUCUCUCUGCUCCAUCUUCACCGUCUACACUUCCUCACACGCCGCCGCCGCCAUGUCCGACAAGGACGGCAACCUCGAUGCCGUGCCCGCCGACCAGCGCCAGGGCUGGGGCCAGGUGCGUGGGCCGUCCGUGCGCGCCGCAGCGAGGCGGGCCGAUCGCGAUGGCCGCGCCGCAGGCGUCGUCAGGCACGCCCGUGCGAUGGCAGCAGCAUGCAAAUGCGCCGCACUGGCAGCGCAAGCAGCGCUGCGAUGCUCGUCAGGAAUGGCAUCAGGCCUUUCGUUACGGCAGCUCAGGCCGUGUUGCACCCUGCGGCGCAUCCCGGACCCAUCGCUGCGGCCGCGACGCGACGUGUCCCCGCGCUCAGGUCCGUGCUCACGCUCAUCCACCUUGCAGUUCCUCAAGUCCAUCGCCUCCGUCUCGGGCGACCUCAGCUCCAUGACGGCGCCGUCGUUCAUCCUCUCGCCUGUCUCGCUGACUGAGUACCCGUCGUACUGGGGCGAGCACCCGGAGCUCUUUGCCGCCUGCACCAAGGGCGCCGACGAUGUGGAGCGCAUGUGCAACGUGCUGCGCUGGUUCAUCGCCACGCUCAAGGGCCAGUACACGUCGCGCAACACGUCGAUGGGCAGCGAGAAGAAGCCGCUCAACCCGGUGCUCGGCGAGCUCUUCCUCGGCACGUGGCCGAGCCAGAACGACGAGGGCGAGACGACGCUGGUGGCCGAGCAGGUCUCGCACCACCCGCCCAUCACUGCCUACCACCUCGCCAACGAGAAGGCCGGCGUGUCGCUCGAGGGCCACUCGGCGCAGAAGACGUCCUUCACGGGCCGCUCUAUCAUCGUCAAGCAGAUUGGCCACGCCAUGCUGCGCGUCAAGAACGCAGAGGGCAAGGAGGACCUGUACCUCAUCACGCUGCCGACGCUCGGCAUCGAGGGCAUCCUGUGGGGUGCACCGUACAUUGAGCUCUCCGGCACGAGCUACAUCAGCAGCAGCACCGGCUACACGGCGACGAUCAACUACGCCGGCAAGGGCUACUUCAGCGGCAAGGCGCACUCGUUCAAGGCGGGCAUUGCGCCGUCGGCGCAGCCCACGCACCCGCUCUACUCGAUCGAGGGCGAGUGGGCGGGCGUGUCGAAGUACAAGGGCAAGGCGCCGGGCAAGGACACGACGUUCUGGGACGCGUCGUCGGAGCGGCGGGAGGUGCAGGUGAAGCCGCUGGCGGAGCAGGGCGACAUGGAAAGCCGCAAGGUGUGGGCCAAGACGGCCGAGGGCAUCCGCGCCGGCAACUUCGACGCCGCCAGUAAGGACAAGACGCGCAUCGAGAACGAGCAGCGGCAGAAGCGCAAGGACGAGACGGCGGCCGGCACGCCGCACCAGCUCGAGAUGUUCGUGCACAUCCCCGAGGAUCAGGAGUACACGAAGCUCGCCGCCGCUACGAGCGGCAUCAAGCCGACGACGGAGGACGGCUACCGCCGCAAGCCGCGCGUGCACUAGGCGCCGCUCCGGACACACAUGCAUCGGCCUUCGCUAGAGCAAUCCACAUCGGUUCCCUGCCCGCUCACACAUCGGUUCCCUGCCCGCUCACCAGCCCCACGUGCCCGCGCCCUGCCUCACCAGCCCCACGUGCCCGCGCCGCCCUUGAAGCCCUUGUCGCCGCCG